GCCAUGGACUCCGUCGCCGCCUGGGGCCUCACCCCUCUCGACGCCGUCGACCCGGAGAUCCACGACCUGAUCGAGCGUGAGAAGCGCCGGCAGAGCCACGGCAUCGAGCUCAUCGCCUCCGAGAACUUCACCUCCUUCGCCGUUAUGGAGGCCCUCGGCAGCGCCCUCACCAACAAAUACUCCGAGGGUAUGCCCGGCAACCGCUACUACGGUGGCAACGAAUUCAUCGACGAGAUCGAGAAUCUGUGCCGCGCCCGCGCCCUCGCCGCGUACCGCCUCGAUCCCGCCCGCUGGGGCGUCAACGUCCAGCCCUAUUCCGGCAGUCCCGCCAACUUCGCCGCCUAUACAGCCCUCCUCAACCCACAUGACCGUAUCAUGGGCCUCGACCUCCCCUCCGGCGGCCACCUCACCCAUGGUUACUACACAUCCGGCGGGAAGAAGAUUUCCGCCACCUCCAUCUACUUCGAGAGCUUGCCCUACAAGGUAAGCCCCGUCACCGGCUACAUCGAUUACGACAAGCUCGAGGAGAAGGCCCUCGACUUCCGCCCCAAGCUCAUCAUCUGCGGUGGCAGUGCCUACCCGAGGGAUUGGGACUACGCCCGGUUCCGAUCCAUUGCUGACAAGUGCGGCGCUCUCCUCCUCUGUGACAUGGCUCAUAUCAGUGGCCUUGUUGCCGCUCAGGAAGCUGCAGACCCAUUUGAAUUCUGUGAUGUGGUCACGACCACGACUCACAAGAGUCUUAGAGGGCCAAGGUCAGGCAUGAUCUUCUACAGGAAGGGCCCUAAGCCUCCCAAGAAGGGCCAGCCAGAAGAUGCUGUUUAUGAUUUUGAAGACAAGAUCAACUUUGCAGUGUUUCCAUCUCUCCAAGGUGGACCUCACAAUCACCAGAUUGCUGCUCUGGCUGUGGCCCUGAAACAGGCCACGUCAUCUGGAUUCAAGGCCUAUGCCAAGCAGGUCAAGGCCAACGCUGUCGCUUUGGGAAACUAUCUGAUGACCAAGGGGUAUAAGUUGGUCACCGAUGGGACUGAGAACCACCUCGUCCUCUGGGAUCUCCGACCUCUUGGCUUGACCGGCAACAAGGUUGAGAAAGUUUGCGACCUUUGCAACAUUACGGUGAACAAAAAUGCUGUGUUUGGAGACAGCAGUGCAUUAGCUCCUGGUGGUGUUCGGAUUGGUGCUCCUGCCAUGACUUCAAGGGGUUUGGUUGAGAAGGACUUUGAGCAGAUUGCGGAAUUCCUUCACCAGGCAGUGAACAUUUGCUUGAGCAUUCAGAAAGAGUAUGGAAAGCUUCUGAAGGACUUCAACAAGGGUUUGGCGAACAACAAGGACAUCGGGAACCUCAAGGCAGAGGUGGAGAAGUUUUCAUCUUCCUUUGACAUGCCUGGCUUCCAAAUGUCUGCCAUGAAGUACCAGGACUAGGUCCAAUAUCAUGAUUGGCGCGAUGCAUAAUGCACAUUUUUCACUCUUUUUUUUUUCCCAAAAAAAUCUGCCCUGGGUUUUCUUGUUUAUCAAGACAGUCCAACUAUUUUCUUCUUCUUUCUUCUCCUUUACUUAUUUUCACCCCCCUUAGAUAUACCUAUGGAAAGAUAACAUAUGUGGUCACGUACAGGAGUGUAUUCCAUGGUGUUUUUCUAAUGCCUAGUUUCCGAGCAAUAAACUUUAAAGCAAUGGUUUUUUGAUGUGAA